ACACGUUUUCUGAAUUACAAAAUCAAUACUUUUCGUUUUAUUAGUCUUUUUCUUUAAUCAAAAUAUUGAUUUUAGUAGUCUUGCUAAACCAAAAAAUCAUGGGCAAUUUUCUAAAAUAGUCUUUAUUUUUAAGUUUUAUCACAAAAAUAAAAUUCAAGAAAGAAAUUGAACAAAAUAGUUUUUUUUUUAAUUUUUUUUAAUUUUUAUAAAUUUGAAACUCUAUCUAUAAAACUUUACUCUUUAACUCUAAAUCCUAAAUCUAUAUUAGUUAAUCCUAGAGUAAAAAAUAUUUAUACCCUUUUAAUUAGGGGAUUUUAGUCAUUUUUUUAUUGAAAACUAUUUUUGUUACAAAAACUUAAAAAGAGGUAUCAUAGAAAAUUUCUCAAAAAUCAUUGGUGUUAAUUUGGAAUUUUGAAUAUAACACAAAAUAGUGUAUCAAUUUAUAUUCAACUAGUGAAUUUGAGUGUAUGUUAUUUGCUAUAUAUUUUUAUAAUAACAUAGAUAGCAAACACUAAAAAUAGUAAUUUCCGAGAAGAAAAAGGUCCACGUUGUAAAAAUAGUUAAAUACCACGUUUUAAGUGAGACAUAAAAAGACACAUCACUCUAUAAACAGUACAGUCUGUAAAGUCACUUUCCUCUUUUAUAUAUUUUCUAAAUUCUAGUUCAUCUCCCACUUCAUAUCUCCUUUCUCCUUUCUCCUUUCUUGUAACUAGAGAUAGAGAAAAUGACGAAAGUCUCUGUUGGAUUACAACUUGUGACAACAGAUUCUAAAGAAAAGCUAAACAACAUAGUCAUCAAAUCUUCACUGAGACCAAACCGGUUCAUUCCAAACGUCUCGGAGCUCUGCUUCCUCAAAACAUGUCAUCUGUGUUUGAAACAGCUCUCUCAAGACAAAGAUGUUUACAUGUACAAAGGAGACCUGGGAUUUUGUAGCAGAGAGUGUAGAGAAAGUCAGAUUUUGAUGGAUGAGAAGAAAGAAUUAGAGGCUUCCACGAAGAUGAUGCUUGCUUCUUACAGACGUUGUAACUCCGGCGCCGGAAAAAUUGGGAAUCGUAACUUGGUGGAUGAUCUCCGGCGGCCAUGCCGGCUAUUUAUAGUCCCUUAAAAUAAUCAUCAACUUCAUUAUAAUAAAUUUUAAACAACAUACUAAUACAUCUCUAGAUAUAAAGAAAAUAUAUUUGUUAAAAAAAUUCUAUUUCCAUCGUCAAAUGUUAACUGGAUGAUUUAUACAUACAUAUAUAUAUAUGUUAAUUAAGCUGUAUCUCCUUUGUCAAAUGUUAAUUGGAUGGUUUAUGUAUGGGUGAUCUUAGGUGGGAUAAGUACUUAGGGGGUGUUAGUGGGAUGAGAUUUAUAAUGAGUUUUAGAAUUUAUAAGUCUAGUCUAGUGUUAUUGGUUUAUUGAUUCUCAUGUUCUCAUUAAAAUCUAUUGUUACUGGUUUGAUGAUUCUAUAAUUUUAUACAAAAUCAUUUGUUAUUCAAAAAGUUUAGAUUUUAAUGAUUCUACAAAUCUAUUAAAGUAAGUUUUAUUGGGAGUUGAAUUCUUAUCAUUUUAACUCAUAAAUUAAGAUUUUGAAAAUACUAUAUGUUUACCUUGAAUUCUUAGAAUCAUUACAUUACUUUAUUUUCAUAGAUUUUCACAAUAUACAAAAUUCUCUACAUUUCUUUCCAAAUUUAAAAAAUAUCUCAACUUUUAAAAUCAACAAACUCUAUAGAAAUCUAAGUCCCACUAACACCCCCUUAUUAUAUACUUCCUCCGUUUGUUUAAUAUAAGUCGUUUUAGAGAAUUUUUUACAUUUCCAAAUUACAUGACGUUUUCGGUUUUCGUUGUAAAAUUUAUUAACACUUAAUGUUAUAUGACCAAUGAUAAUAUAUCUUUUAUUUUAUUAUUGAUUAAUUUGUGGUUAGAUAAAUAAUUAAUGAUGUUUUUGUUUAUAAAAUAUAAAAAAUUAAUGAUUUUUUUAAUUUAUGUGCAUAAUUUUAAAACGAUUUAUAUUAAAA